GUAACUUCAAUUGAACUUCAAUCGGUGAGUCUAACGUCCUUAUAGCUGGCUCAAUGAUGUUGGCUUCGGCCUUUUUCUCUUUGUUGUCUGUGACCUUAUGAUCACAAUUUCUGUCAUGAGAGCCCCGCAACUGCACUCUCACCUUUCCGACUUCGAUACUGAUAUACUGUUUUCAGGUCAGGAUCCAUAGCGUUCAACACACUGAGGUGGAACAGCUUUGACAACCCGACGCGACGCUAUCCACGUUGAGCUAUAAUGAACGCGCCAAAUCGUUACGAGCUUUAUGUCUUGGAGGAAGGCGAAAGGCCUGUGGAGAUCAUUGAGGACACAAAGAUCCCGAAUGCCGCUACCAUCAAAGUUGUGAAGCAAGAUCACACGUUAGGAAAUCUGCUACGAGCUCAACUUCUCGCCAUGCCGCAGGUCCUCUUCGCUGGCUACAAAGUUCCCCAUCCUCUCCAGCCACACUUCCUAAUCAAAGUCCAGACAGACGGCACCAUCACACCCACCGCCCUCCUUGAACAGGCGUGUACAAAAAUCAUUGGAACGAUCGCUUCCCUAGAGGCCACCUUCAAGAAGGAAUUCCAGAUGAGUAACAUCGGAGCCGCUGUUGCAGAAGAUGCGUAUGGCACUGGUGCAACGACAUCCGGCUUCCCUGGGGACAGAGAUUACUUGGACUUCUAGUCUGGAUGUUGCUUACUGUAUCCUUUGUGUAUCCUUAUUGUAUUGUUACUUGUAUUUUAUGUUCUGGACGUUAAUGUAUCAUCCUUGAUAUACCCAACUUCUUAUAUCUACCAGUCUGCCAAGAUUU